CAAGAAUAAAAAUGAAAAAGAACAUUGCACCCUAAAUUUUAAACAUUCUAAUAUAUUUUCUUGACUUACAGGGUAAAAGGCGGCAGACAUAGACUGGAAGAUGUUUGUUCUCUACCUGGAUCUCACAGGAGUUAGAACAGCUGACAUUCUGAUCAGCUUCGGCAUAGUCGCACCAUGUUCUCUUACCAGUCUGAUCUAACCUGGGAGGUAUAAAGUGAGUUUACAUUCUAGAAGCUCCCAUUUGAAGCUUCUGUUUGGACCUCCUAGAGUUACAGAAGCUUGUAACUUUUGAAGGAACUGUUCAUGACCUGGGACAUAAGCUUAAAGAAUAAGGUCUUAAUAAUUUUAGUUACUGUGUAUUCAAAUAGAAAAACAUUUUCAGUUUUUGCUGAAGAAAUAUCAAUCAGAAUAAUAUGAAACAAGAUAAACAUUGGAAUUGCUGUUCCAGCUUACAAUAACAACCUUAGUGAAUUCCUGCAUACCUACUGAGUGGUAGCACCCACUGUUACAUAUUUUUCCAACUACUUGAGAACCUUCUGUUUUGUUGCCAGGAAGCUGCCAUGGUCACAUUCUAUAUGGGUUGGAGUAGUGAACCUUGGAAUUAGGAGCUGCUCAGACCAUCCAGGCUUGGAGCUAGACUAGAGGCCUUCGGUGUGCUAAAGCCAUGUUCAGCAUGGAUCAGGGGGCUCUGAGGAAACUGGUAAACUCCAUCAGUAAAACUGUCAAGAGCUUCAAAAAAAGUGAAGUAGAGUGCCUCAUAAAACUUUUUCACAGCUUCUUGGAAAAAACUGGUAAUACUGGGCUGGAUCAGAGCACAUUUCGAGAGAUCCUGCACGACGUAUUUGGAAUGACUGACGAUAUGCUGAUGAACAGGGUCUGUUUUGAAGUCUAUUAUUUGAAUGGAGACGGUUAUAUUUCUCGAGAGGAAAUAUUUGACAUGCUGAAGAACAGCAUACACCAAGAGUCACACGAAGAAGACGCUGACGAAGGAGUAAGAGAGCUGGUCGAUCUAAUACUUACGAAAAUGGAUUAUGACAACGAUGGCAAAGUAUCUUUUACAGACUUUGAAAGAGCAGUGAGACAAGACCAACUUCUGCUGGAAGUGUUUGGGCCAUGUUUACCAGAAGCAAAGAAUUGUCUUCAUUUUGAAGCCCUGGCUUUCAGAAACUUGUAACUUUUGAAUAUGAAUUGCUCAAUAUUUCUAUUAAAAUAAGAAACAGAUA